AGGUGCACACACUCUUAGCACCCCUCAUCGCAUGCAUCUCGUUGAGUUCGACCACGAUCCUGAGGAGGAGUUUGUGUUUGCAUGGCAAAGCUGAACCAGAUCAGAGCCAUCGGAUCAAUGAGCAAACUGCCUCCUGGCUUCGUGUUUGAACCAACCGACGAAGAGAUCUUAUUCGAGUACUUGCGACGCAAGAUCUUCGCCCUUCCUCUUCCUGCCUCUAUCAUCCCCGAACUCAUCAACCUCUCCAACCUUGAUCCAUGGGACUUGCUCGGUGAUGGGGAGCAAGGGAGAUACUUCUUCAGUAACCUCGCGGGAGCCAACAAUGCUGUCAUCCGAGCAACUUCUUGUGGAUUUUGGAAGGCACAGGGUGUCCCUAAACAGAUCUCGCCCUCUUCAAGCGACGCUCACAACCGCAUGAUAGUGGGGAUGAAGAAGACUCUGGUGUACCACAGAGGGCGGCCACCGCAUGGGUCUAGGACGUCUUGGGUCAUGCACGAAUAUCGCCUCGUUCCUUCACCCUCCGCUGCUCGUGGCCCGCAGCUGAAUUCAUGGGUCAGCGAACUAGGAAGGUGGGUUAUGUGUCGUGUCUUUGUGAAGACAACAAGCAGCAGCAGCAGCCGCAGUGAUUCCACAAGCAUGGACGUGUUGUCUUCGUCAUCAUCGUCAAGCGGUAGUUGCCUCACAGAGGACUCCUCAUCAGGCGAUGAGGAACAGACUAGCGAAUGGUUUUGUUCGUGAGCUUAGUGUCAUGUAACAGACGGUGAAAGGAUCAUUGGCGGCUUUCAAGAUAUCCGAGAACAAGAUGUAAUGAAAUCUACAGUCGUGCGAUUAUUGGUGUCUUAUUUAUCACCCAUUUGAUA